UUUCAGAGCUGCCAUCCUUCCUGAAGACUCCCAUGGAUCUGACAAUACGCACAGGGACUAUGGCCAGGCUGGAGUGUGCUGCUGAAGGCCAUCCAUCACCCCAGAUUGCCUGGAAGAAGGACGGAGGCACGGACUUCCCCGCCGCCCGGGAGCGCAGGAUGCACGUGAUGCCCGAUGACGACAUCUUCUUCAUCGCUAACGUGAAGACUGAAGACAUGGGAGUGUACAGCUGCACGGCUCAAAAUGCAGCCGGCAGUCUGUCUGCAAACGCAACUCUCACCGUCCUGGAAACUCCAUACUUCAUGCGGCUUUUAGAAGACAGAACCGUGGCCCGCGGUGAAACGGCCGUGCUCCAGUGUAUCGCCGGAGGCAGCCCGGCCCCUCGUCUCAACUGGACCAAAGACGACGGGCCCCUGGUGCUCACCGAGCGCCACUUCUUUGCUGCAGCCAACCAGCUCCUCAUCAUAGUGGACGCUGGUCCUGCUGAUGCUGGGAAAUACACCUGCAUCAUGUCGAAUACUCUGGGAACGGAACGUGGACACAUCUACCUCGGUGUGUCCCCGUCACCAAACUGUGACACUGGCACCGGGUACGACCAAGACGGCUGGACCACCGUGGGCAUCGUGGUGAUCGUGGUGGUGUGCUGUGUGGUGGGCACCUCGCUGGUCUGGGUCAUUGUCAUCUAUCACAUGCGCAGGAAGAGCGAGGACUACAGUAUCAGCAACACAGAUGAGAUGAAUUUGCCAGCAGAUAUCCCCAGCUACCUGUCCUCCCAGGGAACUCUGUCAGAGCCGCAGGAAGGCUACAGUAACUCUGAGGCCGGCAGCCACCAGCAGCUCAUGCCUCCGCUCUCCAACGGAUACGCCCAUAAGGGCACAGAUG